AUGUGCAACAAAGGUGGUUACAGGAGUCAGAGAUCCGGCAGGGAUAAAUAUGGACCUCCAGUGCGCACAGAGUUUAGACUUAUCGUGGAGAACCUCUCCAGUCGCUGCAGUUGGCAAGAUCUUAAGGAUUUUAUGAGGCAAGCAGGUGAGGUUACAUAUGCUGAUGCACACAAGGAACGUACCAAUGAGGGAGUCAUAGAGUUCAGGUCCUAUUCUGACAUGAAGAGAGCUUUGGACAAACUUGAUGGCACUGAAAUUAAUGGCCGGAAGAUUCGUCUAGUGGAAAGCAAAGCUCGUCACAGGAGGUCUUACUCUGGCAGCAGGUCAAGGUCUCGAUCCAGGAGCAGGCGAAGAUCUCGUAGUAGGAGUAGACGCAGUAGCCACAGCCGAUCCAGAAGUCAUUCUCAUUCACCUGCUAAAAAGACUCGUUCCCGUUCACCAGAAAAGCGGAGCAGGUCUCAUUCACCAGCCAAGAGCCAUUCCAGAUCUCCUGCUAAGAAUAGUCAAUCCCGUUCCCCAGCUAAAGAAAGUCGUUCUCGUUCUCCAGAAAAACGCAGUCGUUCCCACUCACCUGCCAAGAGUCAGUCAAGGUCCAGGUCCAGGAGCAAAGAACACUCAAGAUCACCAUCAAAGCAGAGAGAGUCUCGUUCAAAGAGUAAACCCAAGUCAGAGCACGGAUCCCGAUCUCGAAGCAGGUCCAAAGGAAAGCGUAAGAGGUCCAGAAGCCGAUCUAAAGGGAAACGUGAUCGCUCCGGCAGCCGACCCAAAGCAAAACGUGAGAGGUCUAGCAGCCGCAGUAAAGGACAGCGUGAUCGCUCCAGCAGCCGAUCAAAGAGCAAGCGGUCUCGUAGUCGUUCUAAAGGAAGGAGGGAGCAGUCUAAAGGAAGAAGGGAUGUGUCUAGAGAGAGGUCACGUAGUCAGUCCAAGGAAAAAAGAUCCAGGGACAGAUCCCGCAGUCAGUCAAAGGGAGACAGGGAGGGGUCUAGAGAGAGAUCCAGAAGUCAGUCCAAAGGGGACCAUGAACGUUCCCGUAGUCGUUCCAGAAGCAGAAGGGAUCGUUCCCGAAGCCAUUCAGCUACUAAGCGGGAAAGGUCUUCCCACAGCCGUUCCAGAUCUCCUUCUCCACAAGAAAAUGGAAAGGAAGAUGCCAGAUCCAGGUCCCAAUCACCAAUGGGAGCCUCUGCCAGCAGAGAGGGCUCUGCUUCUCCUCCUCCACGCCCAGCCUCUGCUUCCAGUUCCAGAUCUCGUUCUACCUCCCCAUAA